AUGAGUUUAGGAGCUCUUAUGAUCCAACAGGCGCGUGAGGAAGACCAAGGGAAGUACGAGUGCGUGGCAAGAAAUGAACUCGGCGUUGUCCACUCAAAAGCAGCCCAUCUCUAUGUAAAA